UUACGCGCGCAGUUUUAACAUGAGUACCGCGGACGAGACGUGGAGAUUGUUAUUUCCAAUAUGUAUCAACGCGAUAAUGUCUGUGAUCGCGUUCGUUUCGACCGUGUGUUUGAUUCCCAAGAUAAAAUCCAUAUUCGUCAAAGCUAACCUCUAUGGCAUCGACAUGAGCAAAAGGAGCUACGAAAAAGUGCCAGAGGCGAUAGGUGUUUUUACCGGUUGCAUAUUUCUUGUAACAAUGUUCCUAUUUAUCCCUGUACCGUUCACAGAUUAUAUAUUGAAGAACGAAAACUUUCCACAUGACAAGUUUGUUGAAUUCUUGGCGGCAUUAUUGUCUAUAUGUUGCAUGCUACUGUUGGGUUUUGCUGAUGAUGUUUUGGACUUGCGAUGGCGGCACAAAUUACUUCUACCCACUGUAGCAUCUUUGCCACUGCUAAUGGUUUAUUAUGUUAACUUCAAUUCCACAAUAAUCAUCAUACCAAAACCACUGAGACAGUGGUUCGGUUUCUCGAUGGAUUUAUGGAUACUUUAUUACGUAUACAUGGGAAUGUUGGCAGUGUUCUGUACAAAUGCUAUAAACAUAUUAGCUGGGAUAAACGGCCUGGAAGUUGGGCAGAGUUUAAUAAUUGCUACGAGUAUUCUCAUCUUCAACGUUGUAGAAUUAUUUGGCAGUCAAUGGAAGGCACAUCAGUUUUCAACAUACUUUAUGUUGCCAUACAUAGCCACCUCUCUUGCAUUGUUCAAAUUCAAUUGGUACCCAUCGCAAGUUUUCGUGGGUGAUACGUUUUGCUAUUUAUCGGGGAUGACUUUCGCUGUCGUCGGUAUUAUAGGCCACUUCAGUAAAACCACGUUGCUUUUCUUCAUUCCGCAAAUCGUCAAUUUUUUAUAUAGCGUGCCGCAACUUUUUCAUUUUGUGCCGUGUCCUAGGCAUAGAUUACCAAAGUAUAACAAGGAAACAGAUCUAUUGGAGCCUAGUGUAACAAUCUUCCACAAGUCAGAACUCAACGUAAUUGGAAAGCUAUUACUGUGGAUAUUGAAAACAUUCAGGUUGGUAAAGUGGCAAGAAGAUGGAGAGGGAGUCGUAAUUUGCAAUAAUUUGACUUUGAUUAAUUUUGUGCUCAUCAAUAUUGGUCCAUUGAGAGAACCAACGCUCACGACAAUUCUACUAAUGAUUCAGGUUGCUAGCAGUAUAGCAGCAUUUAUCAUUAGAUAUCCUCUUGCUUCCAUAUUUUAUGACGUUUAAAUAAGCGCGAGAACGCGAUUUUUUUUUUUUGUAAAAUGUGCGAUGUAUAUAAUAUUUGAAACAUGAAAAUUACAUAAAUGAGACCACUAUUAUUAUUUUAGCAACUAUUAGAAAUAGAGGUUUAUUAAGACGUACAAUUAUAAUUUCAAAUCACAAAUUUAUUAUAGUUAUUGUACACAUCACAUGAUCAAUAUGACCACGAUGUUUUUACCUCCUUAUUGUAGAAUUUUGUAGAAUGGUCGUUUAAAACUUUCUGCGUUUUCUUGUAUCAAAUUAUACAUGAUGUGUUAUUUUGUAUACCAAAGCAUUCUACGAACCAUCAAUAUAUUAUAAUGCAUUAUUUUUUAUAGAAUAAAAUAAGGUAUAUAUAUAUAUAAACGUAGUGUAUGCUUUCACAAGUAUAACUUUCUUAUUACGCAAAUAUUAUAAACUGUUAGCACAUCUGCUAACAAUUAUUUUUUAUGUAUUAUGUACUCAGCGUGAUGACGACAUUGUGUCACUUGAUCGUAUAUAACUUGCUUAAAAACUUGAUUACUGUCUGAUGUGGUUUUUUAUAUACAGAAUAAUACAAAAGAUAAUUUCAUACUUGUAGUAGGCUAUUACUGUGCUUUUUAUAUUAUAUAAAAUAUUCCAUAUAUAUAUAUAUAUACAUAUACAUAUAUAUAUAUAUAUAUAUCGAGCAACAGUAUCAACACUAUAUAUUUUACGUAUUAAUUAACAUUUUAUACCGAAUUCGAUUGCUUGCACUAAUGCACACUAAGGCCUAUUUAUAGUCUGUUACUAUAUUUAACGAUUAUCUUAAGUAUAUUUUAAAAUACUUUGAACCAAUAAUAUGAUACGUACAAUAUCCGUACGUAUCAUCUUAUUAGCUAAGUUUUUAAAUAUGUAUUUAAAGCACGAUCUCAAAUAUAAAAAUGUGCUGUAAACAAGCACGCACUCUAUGCGUACUAGUGCAAAGCUAUCGAAUUCGCUAUUAGGUUAAAAAAAAUCAAAAAUCAUGAUUAUAAACAUAACCAAAAGAUAUAUCAGACCUGCACAGACAUAAAACAUAAGAUCUCGUUAGUGUCUACAAUAGGUACUUUACGCCUUAAGAUCUACAAUAGGUACUUUAAGCCUUAAAAUACCUAUUGAAUCGACACUUAAGACAGUCGUUAAAACAAUAAUGUAUAAAUUUCAUCG